AUGGAGUUCACCGAGGCCACUAUCCAGGAUCUCAAUUACCGGUUUGAAGAUGCAGCUAUCAAGUGCUCGGAGCGUUGUCUCUAUCAAUCAGCUAAAUGGGCAGCAGAGAUGCUGGAUUCACUCUUACCAGUCGGCCAUGAAGACACCGAUCCAGAAUCCCCGAUGGAUGUGACGGACUUGGCACCCGCUAUAAACCCAUACCUGCGCACAAAGGACCUCGAAGAGGCCGCUCUCGAAGCCCAAGAAGCACACAAGUACCUUUUGGCCAAAUCCUACUUUGACACUCGAGAGUAUGACCGCUGUGCAGCAGUUUUCCUACCUCCCAAAGCCCCCCUCAUUCCUUUCUCCAUGACAUCGCCCAAUUCAAAGUCAAAACAGCCCCGGACCAACCCAAUGAAAGGCAAGGACAAAGCCUCUCCCUUCCAAGGAUCCAAAGGUCAUGCCACGAAAAACCCGUACCCCAAGAUCAGCCAAAAAUCGCUUUUCCUUGCUCUAUAUUCGAAGUACAUGGCCGGAGAAAAACGCAAAGACGAGGAAACUGAGAUGGUGUUGGGUCCUGCAGAUGGCGGAAUGGCGGUCAACAGAGAAUUGCCAGAUCUAGCGCGGGGUUUGGAAGGUUGGUUAGCAGAGCAGUCUGCUAACGGAUUGGAAGAGCAAGGCCAGGGCUGGCUGGAGUACCUCUAUGCUGUCGUUCUAUUGAAGGGCCGGAAUGAGGAACUAGCUAAAACAUGGCUCAUUCGAAGUGUGCACCAGAACCCAUUCCACUGGGGCGCAUGGCAAGAGUUGAAUGAUUUGCUUGGAAGUACGGAGGAUUUAAACCAAAUCCUGCCUCAUCUGCCGGAGAACGUGAUGACCCUAAUCUUUCACGUCUAUUGCAGCCAGGAACUAUAUCAAGCUACAAACGCAACAGACAAAGCUCUAAACGAGCUGGAAUCUCUUUUCCCCACCAGUGCAUUCUUACAGACCCAACGAGCACUGCUCUACUACCACAACAAAGAAUUCGACGAGGCAUCUCAAAUUUUCACCCAGAUCCUAACUACAUCACCCCACCGACUCGACAGUCUCGAUCACUUCUCCAAUAUUCUAUAUGUGAUGGGCGAACGGCCAAAGCUGGCCUUCGUUGCCCAAGUAGCAACCGCCACAGACAAGUUCCGGCCCGAAACCUGCUGUGUUGUGGGCAACUAUUAUUCUCUGAAAUCCGAGCAUGAGAAGGCUGUCAUGUACUUCCGCCGUGCUUUGACCUUGGAUCGUAAUUUCUUGUCCGCCUGGACACUGAUGGGCCACGAAUACAUCGAAAUGAAGAACACGCACACCGCCAUCGAAUCCUAUCGCCGUGCCGUCGAUGUUAAUCGCAAGGACUACCGAGCCUGGUAUGGUCUCGGCCAAGCCUACGAGGUUCUUGACAUGGCUUUCUACGCCUUGUUCUACUACCAACGCGCUGCGGCUCUCCAGCCUUACGAUCCCAAGAUGUGGCAAGCCGUCGGGUCAUGCUACGCGAAGAUGGGCCGAGUGGAGCAGAGCAUCCAAGCUCUGAAGCGCGCCCUUGUUGCAGGCUCUUACUACGCAGAUGACGGCGUGCCAGGCGCAAGUCCCGGCUCCAACACGCGCAAAAUACUGGAUCCGGAAACCCUGCACCAGAUAGCGACCCUGUACGAGCGCUUAGAUGAUGAAGAAGAGGCCGCCGCAUACAUGGAGCUGACCCUCCAGCAAGAAUCAGGCGGUGCACCCGUACACGAUGAGAACUCCGAUGAUGACGAUUACUCAUCUGCUUCUGAGAUCGCAGCUCACAGCGAUGAAGGCUCUGAAGACGAUGAUGGAGCUUCUCGUCGGCGUCGCCGCAAGCCGCGCCCCAGGACCUCGUCCUUUGGUAUGCAGCACGAUGAUUCGACCGCCAGCGAUGCCUGGCACCAUGGCACGGGUCCCACGGCCACUACAUCCAAGGCUCGUCUCUGGUUGGCGCAAUCCGCUUUGCGGAAUGGGGACCUGGAGCGUGCUGAUCAGCUGGCGGGAGAGUUGUGUCAGGAUGGAAUGGAGGUCGAGGAAGCGAAGGCGUUGAUGAGAGAUAUCCGUGCCAGGAGGGAAGACGCGGAUUAG